AUGUCGCAAAUCUGUCCAUCUUCGUCGCAUCAAUUAGCUGCCGCCGCAUUAGCAUUUCAUCGGGCGAGACGAAAAUUUUCAAAUCUAUCAGAAGUUUGUUCGCGGAGUAAAAUUUCACAAAAGUCAUUAUCAAUAAAAAAUAAUGAAGGAAGUUGUAAAGGUAUGAUAACGCCAACGACGACAGUAAUGACAGCGACGAGAACUACGUUAGAUAAGACGGGGAAUGCUUCCUCGAAGCUGAGAGUAUCUCGUGACUGCUGUUGCUUGCGAAAUUGUAAAUCUGCCGGUGACGAGCAUUCAUUCGAUGAAGACAAAUCGAAUCAACAUCUCGGCGCCGUUGACGCUGUUGGAGAUUCAAUUGUGGUUGGUGUUUUUAAGAUGAAAAAUGUCACUAACAAUGUGGAUGCAGUCAAGGAAACAGACAAAAAUGAGAUUGAUGAAUUCAAAGAUUCACUUGAUUAUCAGUUUUCUUAUAAUGCUGUUGAUUAUAAUAAUCAAAGAGAAGCAGAAGUUUCAAGUGUUAUAAAACGCGGUAAAGUAUAUCACGAAAUAAAACGUAAUCACUGUGAACAAUCAAAUCGCAAUAGAAAAUCAAUCGAUCGCACAAGCGAGUCAAUCGAUCUUCUUUACAAAAGUGACACUCGAAAUGAUGAUGGAGUGGUCGACUUUUCACGUAAACUACACGAGUGGGAACGUCGAACUCGCGACGACCCGCUAAUGAAGAUACAACGAUUUUCUCCAUCAAAACUUUCCAAGUUAGAACAAGAAUCUCAACAACAAGAACAACAAUUCAUUAAUUACCACGAAGAUUCACAUACUCGUCAAAAAAAAUGUCAUCUUCAUCAUCGUCGUAAUUACUGUCAGCGCCAUCAACGUCACUAUAAUUCAAUAAGCUCCGAAUGUCAAGAGAUAAAUUUCCAGAAAAAAGGGCGAUGCGAGCAUCAAAGAAAGAUGAAUAAAUUAAAUGACUACAAAAGCGAAGAACCGCAAGUUUUUUGUAAGCGAUGUAAUGCGAUUCGACCAAUAAAUUUAAAAAUGAUCCAUACUUCGGUUGAAGAUACAGACGAGACUGGAGACGACUAUGAGGGCCAAGAGUCAGUCAAAGGUAAGGGUUUGAUCAAACACAAAGACUCGAUGGACAUUCUCGUGGAGAAAUCCAAGAACCGGAAAAUCCUUGGGGAGUCAAAGUCCAAGGGCAAGAAAGUAAUACCUAGUUGGAUGAAGAUCGAUGAGAGUUUGUCAUGCGAGAAAAUCCCUGAUCAGCUUACGUCAGACGACGCAACAAAAGAACUUUGUUGUACAGAUCACCGAGCCAGUAAGACCUGUUGGACUCACACAAAAAGUUCUCUAAGUAGACCCAACAAGUUACAGUUGUGCGAUCGAUUUAAACCCAAGAGUUUUCGAUCGCAACUUAAAUUAAUCAAUCAUAUAUUCACAUAA